UCGUUCGCUCCGCCCCUACGGCAGGACGACGAGUCGAGCGCCGAUGGCGGCGGAGGCGCCGCGAUGAGUUUGGCUGAAGGCCGCGCCCCGCGGCGCACGGCGGGGAACCGGCUGUCGGGAUUGUUGGAGGCCGAGGAGGAGGAUGAGUUCUACCAGACCACGUAUGGGGGGUUCACUGAGGAGUCGGGGGAUGAUGAGUACCGGGGCGACCAGUCGGACAGUGACGAUGAGGUGGACUCCGACUUUGACAUCGAUGAGGGCGAGGAACCGACGAGCGACCAGGAUGAGAGCGAACCCAAACGGCGCCGCCGCGUGGUCACCAAGGCCUACAGGGAGCCCAUCAAGAGCCUUCGACCCAAGAAGGCCGACACCCCCAGCAGCAGCUCCCAAAAGGCCCGAGAGGUGAAAUUAGCCCCACUGGAACUCCAGGAUGAAGUAGGAGACAGCCGGAAGCACAUGAGGCAGUCAACAACAGAGCACACACGUCAGACCUUCCUGCGUAUCCAGGAGCGCCAGGUUCAAUCCAAGCGCAAGAAGGGAGGCCCCAACUACGACCGCCCGCUGACACAGGAGGAGCUGCUGGAGGAGGCCAAGAUCACGGAGGAGAUCAACCUCCGCUCGCUGGAGAACUACGAACGCCUGGAGGCUGAUAAGAAGAAGCAGGUGCAGAAGAAGAGGAAAUGCGUGGGGCCCGUGAUCCGGUACUGGUCCGUCACCAUGCCCCUCAUCACAGAGCUGGGCAAGGAGGAGAAUGUGGACGUGGAGGGGUUGGACCAAGACCCUCAGCAGGCAGAAGCUGCUCCAGCCUCCAGCUCCAAGUGCUCCCGCACCUUCAUCUCCUUCACUGAUGAUGAAACCUUUGAACGUUUCUUCCCCAAAUCGAAGGCUCCGCGGUUGCCGGUGCGGGAGAUCUGCCCUGUAACCCACAAACCCGCUGUAUAUCGUGACCCCAUCACUGACAUCCCCUAUUCCAACAUCCGAGCCUUUAAAAUCAUCCGUGAGGCUUACAAGAAAUACAUCACGGCCCACGGGCUGCCCAGCGCCGCUGCUGCAUCCGCUGCUUUGGGGGCUGCUCCUCCUGGCCCUGACCCUGGUCUGAGAGCCACGCGGCAGAAGAUCAUCAUCAAGCAGAGCGUGCCCACGGCCUGAGAGCGCCUGUUCCUUGUUCCAUGUCAACCUGUUUUGUGUUGUUGUUUUCUUGGCUUCUUUUUUGUAAUAAAAAGGAGAAAAAAGAA